AUGGACCAGACCAAACUUGGUCCUUCCACCAUUGGUGAUCAGGUGAUGCUGCCGUCAACUCAGAAUGAACCGAAAAAGACUGCUCAGUCCAAUUCUUUCUUUGCUAUCCAAAUCUUUUCACCUAUCUCACUACAGUCCUUUACAGUCAUUGCACAUGGACCAGGUCAACCCGAUGUCCUGGGUGACUUCCCUAGUGCCCGCCGCUCGCUCACUGUUCGCUGA